GAGCUGGUCGAGCCGAUUUCAGUUGUCAAUUAUAGCUGAAGUCAUGCAGUUGCUCCCAUUGGUAGGAUCGUUGAUUGUGCUAGCCCAAGGUCAUAACUGGCCCAACGAACCGCUUUUUACAUCGAUCCGCUGCUGGGCGAUUGUCGAUCCGGGUCAUUGCAGAGGCAGCUACCGAAUGUUUGGCUAUGAUCCCUACUCUGGCUAUUGCAUACCCUUUAUAUACACUGGCUGCGGCGGCAAUCCGAAUCGCUUUCAAUCCGAAAUCGAAUGCAUCAACAAGUGCAAGAUGAGCAGCGGGGAGAUGGAGUAUGACAGCAGCUCCUCAAGCAUGAGCCAGGGAUCUGGCGAUGACGUGCCAGAGCAAUUAAACGUAGGAGAAUCAAAUGAGACCGGAAGUGGAAAUAAUUCAGAUUCAGACUCCAAUGAACCAAUAAUAACCGUCGACUACUAUGACACGGUAGUAGCACCGCAACCAAUUGAAGAUUAUGGGGAUGAUAAUUAUGUUCGUAGUGAUAAUAAAUUAUUAACAGAUUAG